AUGUCUGCUUUACAAGCCAUUCGCUACACUCGCGGCAAGCUUGAGGUCCUCGACCAGCUUCGCCUGCCUCACGAAUUCCACUACGACAAUGUGGCUAACCGCGCCGAGGCCUGGGACAGCAUCUACACUAUGCGUGUCCGCGGUGCCCCAGCCAUUGCAAUUGUUGCCAGUUUGGGUCUAGCAGUAGAGCUUCAUAGCGGCACAGUUACUGGAAACACUCCUGUCGAGGUGAUUGCUGGCAUUGACGAAGCCCUCGACUACCUCAAGACUAGCAGACCUACCGCCGUCGAUCUGACCAAUGCCAUCAACCAGCUCAAGGCCAAAAUCCGCGCAGGCGGUGCCUCUGCCACCAAGGAGACUAUCGUUGCUGCUUUUAUUGAAGAGGCCGAGGCCAUCUUUGAAAAGGAUCUCAAGACCAACCAGGCCAUUGGCGAAUAUGGUGCUGAGUGGCUGCGCGCUCAGGCUGGUGCCUCGUCCGAGAAGCAGGUUUCCGUCCUGACGCACUGCAACACUGGCUCUCUCGCUACCUCUGGCCACGGUACUGCCCUUGGUAUCAUUCGCACUCUCCGCGACAAGAGCCUUCUCAAGCACGCCUUUUGCACCGAGACCCGUCCCUAUAACCAGGGCAGCAGACUUACUGCUUUCGAACUUGUCUAUGAAAAGAUUCCCAGCACCCUCAUCACCGACUCUAUGGCUGCGUCGCUGUUCCGCACUCGCGGCGCGGAGAUGAACAUUGCUGCUGUCAUUGUCGGUGCUGAUCGCGUCGUUCGCAACGGCGAUACUGCCAACAAGAUUGGUACCUACCAGCUGGCUGUCCUUGCUAAACAGCACGGCAUCAAGUUUAUUGUUGCUGCUCCCACAACCAGCAUUGAUCUUGUUACGGAAACUGGAGACGGCAUCAAGAUUGAGGAGCGCAAGAAGGAAGAGCUCACGCAAGUGACUGGCGCCGUCAUCAAGGCUGAUGGUACAGUUGACGAGUCUUCCAAGGUCAGAGUUGCUACUGCUGACCAAAGAAUCGACGUUUGGAACCCUGCCUUCGAUGUCACACCUGCUGCCUUUAUCGAUGCAGUUGUCACUGAGAAGGGCGCCGUCGAGAAGGGUCCUAAUGGCGUCUUUGACUUUUCCAAGAUUAUGCCUGAGCGUUGGGCCCAGGUCCAGGCCCAGCAAUAA